CUAGAUUUCUUGAGAGGAAAUGGGAACUGUCGUAAAAUGUUAAAACGGCGCCGUUAUUAUCUUAGUCUUCUUCAACGACGUUCUCUGAGCCAAAAAAGAAUAAUAAAAGAAGAAAGAAAAAAAAAACUUAGUUUUUCUUUCAACUGAAUUCAACCCAGAACGAAACUUCCUCGCCCUCGCGCCCUACUAACAAUCUGAGAUCUAGAGAUUCUAUUUUACACCGACUUCCAGAUCACGAAAUCUCCUCCACAUGAACUAUUCCAUCAUUUGAAAUCACACUUAACCGUCUCUCCUUUCGUCUUCAGCGGAUCAGAAGAAGAAGAUUUAGAAACCUCAAAGUCGCUCUUCUUUCUUAUUCGGGUCAUGCUUUGAUUUGGUUUGCGCAACUUUGCUCGAUUCUUCUUCUUCUUCUCCGACCCUUCGUUGACUGCGAGAAUAGUUUAUCCUUGGUCCAUGUUUUUGGCAGCACGAGGGUUAUGAGUCAUUGUAAAUUGCCGGCUCUUAUCGAAGCACAAAUUGAAAUGGGGUCGGUCAAUGAGCUCGAGCACAAAAGCUUAUUUAGACGAGAAGAAGAUGCCACGCAAACUAAAGCAGCUUCUUUGAUGGAGCAAGGCUCACUUUCUCCGAAUUUUUCUGGACACACGACUAAAUCACCAAAGAACAGCGUGCUUAAGAGCAUCAGGAUCGUCAUUUUAUCUAACAAACUCAAUCUUUUAUUACCUUUCGGUCCUCUAGCAAUAUUGGUCCACUACAUGAUAGAUAGUAAGGGUUGGGUGUUCUUACUGAGCUUAAUAGGCAUUACACCACUGGCUGAACGUCUAGGAUAUGCCACAGAGCAACUGGCUUUUUACACUGGCCCGACUGUUGGUGGCCUCCUAAAUGCUACAUUCGGGAAUGUGACGGAGCUGAUCAUAUCGAUUUUCGCUUUGAAAAAUGGAAUGAUACGUGUUGUUCAGCUGACGUUACUAGGAUCGAUUCUGUCUAACAUGUUGCUUGUACUUGGCUGUGCUUUCUUCUGCGGUGGGCUUGUGUUUUACCAAAAAGACCAAGUCUUUGACAAAGUAGGAAUUGCAGUUGUGAAUUCAGGAUUGCUUUUGAUGGCUGUAAUGGGGAUACUCUUCCCGGCUGUUUUGCACUACACGCAUAGUGAGGUUCAUGCCGGAUCAUCGGAGCUGGCCCUGUCAAGGUUCAGCAGUUGCAUAAUGCUCAUAGCCUAUGCCGCUUACCUCUUUUUCCAGUUGAAGAGCCAGUCUAAUUCUUAUAGUCCUCUUGAUGAGGAAACAAAUCAGAACGAAGAAACUUCCGAUGAAGAUGAAGAUCCCGAGAUCUCCAAAUGGGAAGCUAUCAUAUGGCUCUCAAUCUUGACUGCUUGGGUCUCUCUUCUCUCUGGCUAUCUUGUUGAUGCCAUAGAGGGUGCCUCGGUCUCUUGGAACAUACCAAUAGCUUUUAUCAGUGUCAUCUUGCUUCCUAUUGUUGGGAAUGCAGCUGAGCAUGCAGGUGCCAUCAUGUUUGCCAUGAAAGACAAACUGGAUCUGUCCUUGGGAGUGGCUAUUGGUUCCUCGAUCCAAAUUUCCAUGUUCGCGGUCCCAUUCUGUGUGGUGAUCGGAUGGAUGAUGGGUGAACAGAUGGACCUCAACUUUCAGCUUUUUGAGACGGCGAUGCUGUUCAUAACCGUUAUAGUAGUAGCUUUUUUUCUCCAGCUGCCAGUUUCUUUGUACACGAAGAUCCUCAACAAGAUGGUAUAUAACUCCGGUGGAAGAGUCUGGUGUGAAGCAAGUUGGGAACACGAACUGUUGGGGAGAGAUGUUAAGAUAUUAAGAACGAAGUAA